AUGCAAUUAUCCAUAUCAACAUUAACUUCAAUUGCUACUACUUUAUUAGCUUUUUCUUCAAAUUUAGUUGAUUGUAAAACUCAUUCAAUUAAAUUAAAUAAAUUAUCAAAUGAAGAAGUUUUAGAUGCUAAUAAUUUUGUUGAUUAUACUAAUGCUUUAGCAAAUAAAUAUUUAAAUUUAUUUAAUAAAGCAAAUGGUAAUCCUCAAUCUUAUGGAAUUCAACAAGUUAUGUCUAAUCAACAUCAACAAGCUCAAAUUCCUUUUGUUACUCCUAAAAAUAAAGGUAAAUAUGAUGCUCCAUUAACUAAUUAUUUAAAUGCUCAAUAUUUUACUGAAAUUCAAAUUGGUACACCUGGUCAAUCAUUUAAAGUUAUAUUAGAUACUGGUUCAUCAAAUUUAUGGGUUCCUUCACAAGAUUGUAGUUCAUUAGCUUGUUUUUUACAUUCUAAAUAUGAUCAUGAUGCUUCUUCAACUUAUAAAGCAAAUGGUUCUGAAUUUUCAAUUCAAUAUGGUUCUGGAUCAAUGGAAGGUUAUAUAUCACAAGAUAUUGUUUCUAUUGGUGAUUUAGUUAUUCCUCAUCAAGAUUUUGCAGAAGCUACUUCUGAACCAGGAUUAGCUUUUGCAUUUGGUAAAUUUGAUGGUAUAUUAGGUUUAGCUUAUGAUACUAUAUCAGUAAAUAAAAUUGUACCACCAAUUUAUAAUGCAAUAAAUCAAGGUUUAUUAGAUUCUCCACAAUUUGGGUUUUAUUUAGGUGAUACUAAUAAAGAUGAAAAUGAUGGAGGAGUUGCUACUUUUGGUGGUUAUGAUGAAUCAUUAUUUCAAGGUAAAAUUACUUGGUUACCCGUUAGAAGAAAAGCUUAUUGGGAAGUUUCAUUUGAAGGUUUAGGAUUAGGUGAUGAAUAUGCAGAAUUAGUUAAAACUGGUGCAGCAAUAGAUACUGGUACAUCAUUAAUUACUUUACCAUCUACAUUAGCAGAAAUUAUAAAUACUAAGAUUGGAGCAACAAAAUCUUGGUCAGGACAAUAUCAAGUUGAUUGUGAUAAAAGAGAUUCAUUACCAGAUUUAACUUUAACUUUUUCAGGUUAUAAUUUUACUUUAUCAGCUUAUGAUUAUAUUUUAGAAGUUGGAGGAUCAUGUAUUUCAGUUUUUACACCAAUGGAUUUCCCAAAACCAAUUGGUGAUUUAGCAAUCAUUGGUGAUGCCUUUUUAAGAAGAUAUUAUUCUAUUUAUGAUUUGAAGAAAAAUGCUGUCGGUUUAGCACCAUCAAAAGUUUAA